CAUUUGGUCCGGUUUAUAACGUUCGCUGGUGGACGUUCCGAGGACGUCAGAGGAUAUCAAAUCAUAAUACUACACAAUGUGUACAUUUCAGCGAAAGUCCCCUAAGCGUCCCGAAUGGCCGCUGGACAUCCUGUGAACGUCCUCUUGAACGUCUGUAGGACGUCAAGGGGACCCUACACAUGGACGUUUGGGGGAUGUUCAUAGAGGCCAUUUAGGGGACGUCCUGGGGACCUUUUUUUGUCAGCUGGGACGUUCGCCUCACAUCGCCAGGGUUGGGGGUUCUGUGUGUUCUGAGUUUGCAUGUUCUCCCUCUGCUGCAGGGAUUUCCUCCCCCAGUCCAAAGCCAUGCAUGGUAGGCUGAUUGGCAUGUCUAAUUUGUUCAUAGUGUAUGAAUGGGUGCACGAAUGGGUGCAUGAAUCGGUGUGUGAAUGUGUAUGUGAUUGUGCCCUGCAAUUGAUUGACACCCUGCCCAUGGUGUACCCAGCUUUGUGCCCGAUGCUUCCUGGGAUAGGCUCCAGGUUCCCUGUUACCCUGAAGGAUAAGUGGUAUAGAAGAUGGAUGGAUGGAUGGAUGUUCAACUUAACACUAAAGAACUGGCCACGGGGGGGAGCGAUAUUUGCUGAAGGUGCUUGAACCCCAAUGAUAUUAUUAUAUCAUCUAUUAUUAUACUUCAUCAUCCAGUCAUAAUUAACAUAGCGUACGAUAAAAUACUCAAACCCAACCACGGACGAAAAAAGAAAACAUUAGAAAAUAAUAAAAUCUUUAAGAACGUCAUAUACGUAGACUAUGACAUCGGAACCGUAAGAGACCAUCUUUGAACCGGAAGAGACCAUCUUUGAACCGGAAGAGACCAUCUUUGAACCUGAUUGGUCAAGUAGAACCCGGGUUUUGUGCAAAUCUUCUCGCGCGUUUUAAGGCAUUCUGGGUUUGCUAUUAGCUGGUCCAUCUGAUUAAAAAAAAUAUAUAUAUCUUUAUUAACAUAGGGUUUUGUGUACUUCUUUUGCUUUAAUACAUAAAUCAAUAUGCACGUGAUUAAGCGAGAUGGACGCCAGGAGCGCGUUAUGUUUGAUAAGAUCACUUCCCGUAUCCAGAAGCUCUGCUACGGACUCAAUGCUGACUUUGUUGAUCCGACUCAGAUUACCAUGAAGGUGAUUCAGGGUCUGUACAGUGGUGUGACCACUGUCGAGCUGGACACACUGGCUGCCGAGACAGCAGCCACGCUCACCACCAAACACCCAGACUAUGCCAUCCUGGCAGCCCGCAUCGCAGUGUCCAACCUGCACAAGGAGACCAAGAAGGUCUUCAGCGAGGUCAUGGAGGAUCUCUUCAACUUUAUUAACCCCUUGAAUGGAAGACACUCACCUAUGAUUUCCAAGGAGACCCUUGACUUAAUCAUGGCAAAUAAGGAUCGCCUUAAUUCGGCCAUCAUCUACGACCGGGAUUUCUCCUACAACUUCUUUGGCUUCAAGACCCUGGAGCGUUCAUAUCUGCUUAAGAUCAAUGGAAAAGUUGCGGAGCGGCCUCAGCACAUGCUGAUGAGAGUUUCAGUCGGCAUCCAUAAGGAAGAUAUCGCUGCUGCCAUCGAGACCUACAACCUGCUGUCUGAGAAGUGGUUCACUCACGCCUCCCCUACACUGUUCAACGCAGGCACCAACCGGCCUCAGCUUUCCAGUUGUUUCCUCCUGUCUAUGAAAGACGACAGCAUCGAAGGAAUCUAUGACACUCUGAAGCAAUGUGCGCUCAUCUCUAAAUCUGCUGGGGGCAUUGGCGUGGCCGUGAGCUGCAUUCGAGCCACUGGCAGCUACAUCGCGGGAACAAAUGGUAAUUCUAAUGGCCUGGUCCCUAUGCUCCGAGUGUACAACAACACGGCCCGAUAUGUUGACCAGGGAGGAAACAAGAGACCUGGAGCUUUUGCGAUGUACUUGGAACCCUGGCACUUUGACAUCUUUGACUUCCUGGAAUUGAAGAAGAACACCGGUAAAGAAGAGCAGAGAGCCAGGGACCUGUUCUACGCUCUCUGGAUCCCUGAUCUCUUCAUGAACAGAGUAGAGACGAACGGGGACUGGUCUCUUAUGUGCCCGAAUGACUGUCCAGGUCUAAAUGAAUGCUGGGGAGAAGAGUUUGAAAAGCUUUACACAAGGUACGAGCAGGAGGGGAAAGCGAAACGUGUCGUGAAGGCUCAGCAGCUGUGGUACGCCAUCAUUGAGUCUCAGACGGAGACCGGCACUCCGUACAUGUUAUACAAGGACGCCUGCAAUCGCAAGAGCAACCAGCAGAACCUGGGUACCAUCAAAUGCAGCAAUCUGUGCACAGAGAUUGUGGAGUACACCAGCAAGGAUGAGAUAGCCGUGUGCAACUUGGCAUCUCUCGCUUUGAACAUGUACGUAACACCCGAGAGAACAUUUGAUUUCCAAAAGUUGGCGUCUGUCACGAAGGUCAUUGUUAGGAACUUGAACAAAAUCAUCGACAUCAAUUAUUAUCCAGUGCCAGAGGCGGAGAAGUCAAACAAACGCCACAGGCCCAUCGGUAUCGGAGUGCAAGGGCUGGCCGACGCCUUUAUCCUGAUGCGUUAUCCUUUCGAGAGUAAUGAAGCUCAACUGCUCAACUUACAAAUAUUUGAAACUAUCUACUAUGCUGCGCUGGAGGCCAGCUGUGAGCUGGCGGCCGAACAUGGCCCGUACGAGACCUACGCUGGCUGUCCUGUUAGCAAGGGUAUCCUGCAGUACGACAUGUGGGACAAGACUCCAACAGACUUGUGGGAUUGGAAGGCCCUGAAGGAGAAGAUUGCAAAGCACGGUGUACGCAACAGUCUGCUCUUGGCUCCCAUGCCCACUGCCUCCACAGCACAGAUUCUGGGCAAUAAUGAAUCCAUCGAGCCCUACACCAGUAACAUCUACACACGACGCGUGCUGUCUGGAGAGUUUCAGAUUGUGAAUCCUCACUUGCUGAAAGAUCUUACCGAACGAGGUCUGUGGAACGAGGAGAUGAAGAACCAGCUGAUUGCUCAUAAUGGAUCCAUCCAGGAAAUCCCCACAAUUCCAAAUGACGUAAAGGAGUUGUAUAAGACAGUAUGGGAGAUUUCACAGAAAGUGGUCAUUAAGAUGGCUGCAGACAGAGGAGCUUUCAUUGACCAGAGCCAGUCACUUAACAUCCACAUUGCUGAGCCCAACUAUGGAAAACUCACCAGUAUGCACUUCUAUGGCUGGAAGCAGGGGCUUAAGACUGGUAUGUACUACCUGAGGACGAAGCCAGCUGCCAACCCCAUCCAGUUCACCCUGAACAAGGAGAAACUAAAGGUGGCACAGGAAACCAAAAGCAGUGAGGAGGAGAUUAAGGAGAGGAACAAAGCCGCUAUGGUGUGCUCUCUGGAGAAUAGGGAUGAGUGUCUGAUGUGUGGCUCUUAGUUUCUCCUUUUUUUUUUUUUGUAAGGCCUUCAAUAAAACCAUUGUGGUGUGAAGGUUUCAUUUUCCAAAA